CUUGAGUAAUCGCUUGUGGCUGCUGGUAAGGAGAAAACUGCCCCCGUCAGAUAUCGUUUUAGUCAUCCUGCUUCGGCGAACAGGUAGAAACUGAGACCUGACCACCUGCCAUCAUGAGAAGAGUAAUUCAGACUGUGCUUAGUGUUGAGCAGGCAGAGGGUGUAGGUGCUCGUGUCCGCAGGAGUAUUGGUCGAAGAGAGUUAAACAGUCUGGAUCCCUUCUUAAUGCUGGAUGAAUUUAAAGUUUGCAAGCCUGCAGGCUUUCCUGACCACCCACACAGAGGCUUUGAAACGGUUACCUAUUUACUUAAAGGCGUAUCAGCUCAUGAGGAUUUCUGUGGUCACAGUGGUGAAUUGAAACCUGGUGAUUUACAGUGGAUGACUGCUGGUCGGGGAGUGGUUCAUGCUGAAAUGCCUAUUUCAGAUGAACCAGUCUGUGGUCUUCAGCUCUGGGUAAACCUAAGAAUGUCCGACAAAAUGAUAGAACCACAGUAUCAAGAACUAAAGAGCAAAGAAAUUCCAAAACUCAGCAAGAAUGGGGUGACAGUUACUGUGAUUUCAGGAGAAGCUCUUGGAGUAAAGUCAAAAGUCUACACAAGAACACCAACUAUGUACCUAGAUUUCAGAUUGGAAAAAGGAGCAAAACAUGUUCAACCCGUGCCAGUAGGCUGGACAGCUUUUAUCUACACACUUGCUGGCUGUGUUCAUAUUGGUCCUGAAAAUGAUCAAAGGAAAAUUGAUCCCCAUUAUACAUGUGUUCUUGGUGAUGGUGAAAGUAUACUAAUGGAAAAUAAGGAGACUGAAACUGCUCAUCUCGUACUGAUUGCUGGAGAGCCAAUAAAGGAGCCAGUUGCAAAGCAUGGUCCUUUUGUUAUGAACACUGAAGAAGAAAUUGCGCAAGCUAUCAAUGACUUUCAAUAUUGCAAAAAUGGAUUUGAACGUGCUAAAACAUGGAAAUCAAGAUUCAAUAAGUGAUGAAAGUCCUAAAGUUAAUGAUGAAGUGAUAUAUUAACAAUAAAAUGUAUAAUAUAGUUUACUUUUCAAACAAUUCUUUGUUUAAACCACUUUCAGUACUUUUCUGAGCAGAAUUUCUGACUUUAUUAUUUUGGCCAAAGAGCUACAUAUUCAAUAAUAUAAUUGAAAUCAUAUUGGUUACCAUAAAGUUAUUCUUCAUAGGCAAUUUAUUUGUAGAAAUUUAAGCAAACCUCUAAGCCCUUUAUUGUCUUUUAUGUCAUAUAAUAGCUGUUUAUAAUACUUUUAACAUAUUUUAUUUUCAUUAUGCUUCUGAAACAUCCUAGCAGUUCGUCCAAUGGUAUCUAUUGUUUUGCACUGUGAAAAGGUCUCUUUUUCUUUUGACUGUUAUUUGUAUCUUAUUGAUAUUAGUUAUUAAUGGUGAAUCUUGCCAAUACUGAAAUCUAAACUCAGAUCUAUCAAAGAUUUGCCUGGGGACAGUUAAAGGAUAGAUACAGUAGGUUUCUCAAUUAAGAAUACACUUUAAUUUGAACUUCCUUCAUAUUACAUUUGCCUUUCUUCCAAAAUGUGAACUAGCGGUCAGAUGACACUGAGCAUACAUAACAAGGACUAUUCUGUAAAGGAAAUUUAUAAGAAAGUUGAUAUGCAAAUGUAUUAAAAAAUUAAUUGUGAGUGAUAUGUGAAACUUGGAUAUUGAUUAGACUGCAAAAUUGAAGGUUUGCAGCAGUCUAAGAAGUGUUAACUUGUUUGAAUCCCACACCAGAUGGUCUCAAUCAUAUAAUUAAGCAAAGCAAAUUUUGGCUGAAAUCUUACAUUUUCGCAAUCUGAUCUUACAAAAGAAGCCAAUAUAAAAAGGAAGAAGUUUAGCUAACUUCUGAUGCAUGCGUAGACAUCAGUCUAGCAAAAAAAAAGUGCAAACAGUUAAACAACCAACCCAAAUUUUAUUGCAUUAUUUCAAACAAAAGUUACAUAUUUUCUAUGUUCAUGCUUCAUUUAAACCAUAAUGCACACAUUUUUAAACUGAAUGUCAAAAGGCCUCCCAAACAGUUUGAGUUUUUUUUUUUUUUACAAGAAUAGAGCUUGCAGCUAGCUAGAUAUUAAAGGUGA